UUCAAUAUUUACAAAAAACCAUCCCUCUUACUUUUUCUAUCAUUAUGGAAGCGCAGUUGCACCACACUCAUGGACAUCACCACGAUCAUCCCCUCCAUCCCGCCGAUGCUGAUCUUCUAGAAGAAGACGAACAUGGCGUAAAGAAGUCGGAGAUAGAGAAGGUGAAAACAAAGGUCCACAAGUUGAAGGCCACAAUCAAGGAUGGCCAUGGUCAUCAUGAUGAAGAACAUCACAACCAUGCUGAAAAAAUCAUGAACGAGUCGCCGGCGGUUAGGAGUGGUCUGGUGGAACCGACUGAUAUGGGGAAGGCAGUGUUAGCGGAGGAUCUUUACGCUACUCAUUCUGAUAUAUUGGACACGCCGGUGAGGUCGUUUGCGCAGUGGGAGGAGGAGGAGAGAUCUGGUGCACCACCGCCACUGCCCACCGGAAUUUAUGGAACAGGUCCGGCGAAAGUUGGCCACCACGGGUUUAAUCAGAACGUGAACAGGGAACAGUUGAGGGGUAGCAUUGAAAAAUCAACCGGCAUGGAGGAGCAUCCAAGUGCACCUAACCCAGCAACGGCAGUUUCUCCGGCGAACCGUCAAACAGAAGUGCCUGCUCCGACCAAGAUGACAGGUCUAUCUCAAGUUGGUCAUCACGAAGACCAAAACAGGGAACAAAUUAGGGGUGCCAUUGGAAAAUCAACUGGCAUGGUGCAAGAUCCAAGUUCCCCUAACCCAACAAUGGUAGUUUCUCCGGCGAACCACCAAACAAAAGUCACUGAUCCGACAAAGACAGGUGGGAAAGAAGCAGGGAUCACAGAUGUCCUACGAUCAUUCAACAAAAUGGGGGUUUACGAUGAACCCCACUCCAAAUCUUCAGAAUCCGAUCAAAAGGAAACAAAGGUGUAUACAGGAUCCUAUGAUCACUCCAAAUCUUCAGAAUCUGAUCAAAACGAACCCGAAGUGCAUGCAGGAUCCCAUGAUCAGUACUCCAGAUCCUCAGAAUCCGAUCAAAUCGAACCCAAGGUGUAUACAGGAUCCCAUGAUCAAUUUGCUCCCGAACCGGUUGAAGAUGCACCACUAAGCACCGUCGCCGGAGACCCAUCUAGCCACAGCAGCAGCUACACCAACGAAACAUCCGCCACUUCAGAUAAAGCGGCGGUGGCAAAAGACUUGAUGGUCUCCAAACUGGGUUCCUCCGGUGAAAACAAAAGCGAGACGAACUCAUCGUCUUCCCCGACAAAUUACGCACAUAAAGUUGCGGAGACAGUGACGGGCACAUUGGGUCCGGUUUAUGAGACGGUGGUGGGGGUGGGAAGCUCGGUGAUGUCGAAAAUGCAGGGGUCCGAGCGACCUGCAGAGACGAGGAUAACGGAGAAGAAAGGAGGGUCAGUGAAGGAUUACUUGGUGGAGACAUUGAGGCCUGGCGAUGAAGACAAAGUGGUGUCGGAUGUGAUAACACAUGCUUUUCACCGGAAUGAUCCGCCGGUACAAGAGACGACUUCUACUACUAUAUAUGUGAGAGAUGAAGGUGGGGAAGGAAGAAGACUACAAGAAUCUGGCAACUGAAAUUUGCAUUUGCGUUUCGAGUUUGAUAAUAUAUGUUUCUUGGUGUAAUGGGUGUUAGCUACUUGCAUUUCGUCUAUCUUUUAGGAUUUUUAUUAUAUAUAUAUAUAUAUAUAUAUACACACACACACAUACAUAAUAGGACUUAGGUCCGAAUGUUGUAUGGUGUCCAUGCAUAACGUCGUGAUGUUAUGGUUUUCGUAUUUAUGUAUAUAUAUGUUUGUAUGUUCAUGGUAGAUGGUAUGUUAUAUGAAUCUCUAGCGUCUCA